GUCAGCCACUGAGACCAGCGACGAGGACCAGCAUCCAGCGGACAUAACUGGGGUUUGACACUGAGCCAUACACAUACACACACACACACACGCACACACACACAAAGUGUGGGGGAGUACUCUACUUCAUCUCCAACAAAAUCUUACAAGAGGAAGAGGAGUGGUCUAUCAGCCAUGACAGGAGGUGUGUUCAAAGCCUUCGCCGUGCUCCUGUUGGUGCUCCGCGUGGCGUCGUCGGCCUGCCCCAAGGAGUGCGCGUGCGACCCCGACGCCAAGACGGUGGACUGCCGCGGCCGCGGCCUCUACGACAUCCCGCGCCACCUGCAGGCCGACACGCUGGAGCUGCACCUGCAGGACAACCGCAUCCGCGGCCUGGGCUCCAUGGCGUUCCGCGAGACGCCGGCGCUGCGCGUGCUGGACCUCGCCAACAACUCCAUCACGUCGGUGUCGCCCAGCGCGCUCCUGGGCCUGCGGGCGCUGCGGCGGCUCAGCCUGGCGCACAACGGCGUGCGCGAGCUGGACCGCCGGCUGCUGGGCUCGGUGCGCAACCUCACGGCGCUGGACCUGUCGCACAACGCCAUCGCCGGCUUGCCCGGCGCGCUGGCCGACAGCAUGCGGCAGCUGCGGCAGCUCUCGCUGCAGAACAACAAGCUGCAGAAGCUGGACCGCAGCCACCUGGAGGCGCUAGAGAGCUUGGAGGGGCUGCAGCUGCGGGGGAACCCCUGGCGCUGCGACUGCCACAUGAUCGCCCUCAAGCUCUGGCUGGAGACCUUCCUCUUCAAGGGUGGUGUGGUGGACGAGGUCACCUGCGCCCAGCCCGACGCCAUGAAAGACAAGGACCUCCAGCAGGUGCCGUACGAGCUCUUCCACUCCUGCAUGGCCACCAGCUACCACUACCUGUUCGCCAACCUGCGCCACCUGGAGUCCGAGCACCGGCACCGCGACGACCACCUGCACCUGCCGGACCUCGGGGGCAUCGGCGGCGGCGGCGGAGGAGGAGGAGGAGGAGGAGGAGAGGGGGGCGGGGGCAGCUCGCUGCCCGAGUGCGAGCCCAAGCAGCGGCCGCGGCCCGUCAACCUGCGGCACGCCAUCGCCACGGUGGUGAUCACGGGCGUGGUGUGCGGCAUCGUGCUGCUGAUGAUGCUGGCGGCGGCCGUCUACGGCUGCGCCUACGCCGCCAUCAUGGCGCGCUACCAGCGCGACCUCAGGAAGGCCGAGGAGCGGGCGACCGCCGCCGCCGUGUCCCUGCCCGACAAGGACGAGAAGGAGAAGACGCCGGGGGGCAAGGCGGACGAGAAGGAGCCGCUGGAGAACACCAUCGCCUGAGCUGAGAGGGCACGAGUGUGUGUGUGUGUGUGUGUGUGUGUGCGCACACGGGAGGGCACGCACGUGACGCCGUAAGGGAUGGGAUGUGACUGGAGUCCUGUGAGCAGACGAUGCAAAGAC